AUGUCGAUUGCACAACUUCCUCCAGAUACUAUCAGGGCAGUAAGGUCAAACUCUGUGCUCUCCGACCCAUGCGCCCUUGCAAAAGAGCUUAUCGAUAACAGCCUUGAUGCUGGAGCCACCUGCAUCUCAGUUGAGGUGGCAGCUAACACACUCGAUACCAUUCAAGUCAAGGACAAUGGCACUGGCAUCCAUCCGAAUGAUCGUCCUCUGGUUUGCAAACGUAGCUGUACUAGCAAACUUCGAAGUAUUGAUGAUUUGGAAAAUAUCGGUGGAAGCACUUUGGGUUUCCGAGGAGAGGCUCUCGCGAGUGCUGCUGAGAUGUGCGGUAACAUAGCAAUAACGACAAGGGUAUCAGGAGACUGUACCAAAGCUUCUCAUCCAACAGGCACGACCGUUCGUGUAUAUGAGUUCUUGAGAUUUGUUCCUGUUCGGAAACAGAGAGCGCUGAAGAGUGCUUCCAAAACACUCAACCGAAUGAAGAAGGUUUUGAAUGCAUACGUGCUCUCUCGCCCUGAAAUUCGACUCUCAUUUAAAAUCCUAAAGAGCAAACAUGAUUCUAGCUGGAUAUAUGCGUCCAACAAACAUCCAACAGUUUCCACUGCUAUGUUAAGAGUUAUUGGUGCAGAAGCAAUUUCGCAAUGCACAACAAUAACGUGGCCGCAAAUUCAAGAUGAGAGAGAUGAUUCCUUGCCAGGAUCUGUGGAAAGAAGUGAAAGCAUUCAUCCAGUGAUCCGACUUGUCGCUACAAUCCCUAAACCUUGUUCUGACUUCUCUUCAAUUAAUUAUGCUGGCCAGUAUGUUUCCAUUGACAGACGGCCUAUGUCAACAUCCAAUGGCGUUGCGAAGGAGCUAGCUGAACUGUUCAAAUCCCAUAUUCGUUCUGGAUCCCUUUGCGAUAGCGGCCGAACACCACCAGUGGAUCCGUUCUGUUUUAUACAUCUACAUUGCCGUCCCGGCAUCUACGAUGUGAAUGUCGAGCCAUUGAAAAAUGAUGUCCUUUUUGAAGAUUCGAAACUGGUGAUGUCCAUUGCAGGAAAUAUAUUCAAAGCCGUAUAUGGCGAAAUCAAGCCGAGACAUACACAUCAGAGGAAUUGUCAAAUCGAAAACCAACCGUCAUCCUCUCGGAUGAUACGACCGCUUGACAAGCGGUCGGCUAACAAUCAACGUGACCACGAAGUCGAGGAAUCUCCAUUAUUUCGGCAUAUCUCGAGCUCUGCGACCAAAGAUUGCCAUUCCAUAGAACGCAUUUGUGCCAGCCCAUCAGAGGCGAAGAAAGACAAUAUGUCAGCAGGAAGUUUUGUCGACACUAGCGCCUGUCCACGAGCGGCCGAAAGCAACCUCAGCCUUUUGAAUAGUUCACUACUGACCAACCCAUGGAUGCUUGCCAAAGGGCAACCUGUAACACCCCGGAAGGAAGACACACAGUCCCGUGACUUAAAUUCUCAACUACUCACCCCUGCGUAUGAAGAUGGGCGUUCUCGGUUAGAUGAAAAAAGGAUAAAAAAUUGUGAGGCGAAUUCUGUGCUUGCUGGCCCCCCAUACCCCAUACCCCUUUCUACACGAACACUUGAGACGCGUUUGGUCGAAGGCGACUACGACAAAUCUUCGACAGAUGUUAGAAAGCCACAGAUGAGCGAACUGUGCAAUGUACCCCAACUCUCAGCUAGCCAUAAAAGCAAACAAAGGAAGUCACCGGGAGUGCUGGGCAGCCUGGAUGCCUGGAUAAGAAAUUGCCGAGAUGCCCCUAGUCCUUCUACUGAGGAAAGCCAAGUUGUGGGGAUACUACAACAAAGCGAACCCGAUGGAAAUGAACUUACAGAAACUGAUAUUGCAGGGCGCUUUGGUAAAGAGGACAAUGCUGCUGCCACGAGCCGGAGUCAUGGAGAUUUUUCAGCAGGGCUAUCACCACAUACAUCACUAAAUGCCCUAGGUAUCCAUCUGAACUCUGCUCAUACUAACGCAAAGAGCCACGCUCAGCCAUUAGCGAUUUCCCAAGAGGAGGAUGAUGAUCCGGAUUAUCGGAUUCAUGGGUCGACUGACAAUCGUCUAACUUCUCCGUCACACGAAAUGGUAGCUGGGGCACUAGAUUUCGAAUACCGGAAGAAAACCGCUAUCCAACUUCACAGGAAAAGACAGCAACAGCAGCAGCAACAGCAGCAACAGCAACAGCAAGUCUCAACUCAGUCGGCCUUACAUCCAUGGGUGGGAGCCAAUAAUGCUAAAAUAUCACAAGGUUCUCCACAUCAAAAUCGAUACCGGAGAGCCAAAGCCCAUUUAGUCAAUCAGUUGCCAGAGCUGGAAUUUCCCAGACAUGAGAUAACAUUUUCGCCGUCCAAAAUGGGUUCAGAAGAUGCUAGGGAAUAUUUGAUGCGCCAAAAUUGGCCAACACAAAUCGGCUUCAAGAGUAGACGUAUACUAACAAAUCAGCUACCAUUGGAGGUGAUACCAAGUGCAUCUGCACUCCAUGGACUCGCUCUUUCCUGGACGAAGCAAGAUGAUGAAGCGUCAAUACCAAAUAAAGAACUAUUAAAAAUAGAUGGAUACGUCACAUCAGGCAUUGUGCCUCCGCCCUCUGCAUUUUUUGAGGUUAACCCUGCGGAUAUCAACAUCUGGACCACCCGGUUGCUAGCCCUAAUCCAAGAACAAUAUCGAUCCGAAAUUCUAGAUGAGGACUGGCGAAUCCAACUCGUUUUUGAUGCGAUUCCAACAUCACAUGCAAGAGCAUCAUAA